AUGGAGCGUAGCAGCCAGCGUGUCAUUCACGCCUACGCCCAUAACGCCUCUGUUGCCAGGCAAUUCCCCGACACCGGCGCAAACACCUCCUUCACCCAUUUGCGCAAGGAUCUCUGGCGCCCUCUCUGGACUCUCUCAAUCCCCGAAGGCGAACACGCAGACGCUCAAGGCCGCCACGUCUUCAAGAAAUUGAGGGAAUGGCGGAAGCUGCACGAGACUUCAUGGGAGCCUCCCGCGCUGCUGUCAUUGAACCACUCGAAGAAGGAAAUUGAGAGACUGGAGGAGCAACUGAGGGACAGGGGUGGCAGCAAGAAGGAGAACGUGUACGAUGUCAUCAAGCACAAGAAGAAGAAGCUGAGGGUGGCUGCCGUUUUGGACCAGCGUGCAAACAGUGUGGCGGAUUUGGCUGCUGUUUUGGCGGCCCAGGAGGCCUUGGGCGCAAAGACGCAACAGAGCAAGAACGAGGAGGCGACAAGUCGGCGAGCAUAUCAGGUCCAGACUAUGAUUGAUCUGGCAAAAGAGGGGGAACAGGGCGGUCUCAAAAAGAUUGACCAGGAGAUCCAGCAACUGCAAAAGCAACACGCGGCGUCUUCCAAUGCCGACGAGCCAGCUGAGAUGUCCAAAACACAGUUGAGGAAGCAAGUGAAUGUGCUGAAAGCGCGAAAGGACAAGAUGGACUGGUCUAUGGAUCAAGUGAAGCGCGCGAAGGAGGAAUUGAAGGAGGGAUCAAAGGAGAGCAAUGUCGAGCUUUCGCCCGAGCAGCAGGACGCCCGCCUCCGCGAGAUGCUUCCCGAUUAUCCUAUGCCGAGAACGCUACCCAAGCGCGGACCAUUGCGCGCACGUCUGGAGCGUGGAAAGGCCCCUGUCUUUAGCACAGAAGGCAUUGUCAUCAAGUGGGCCAACCACUUGGACGCUGAAUACGCCGAAUCCUGGCCUGAGACGAUCGACCAUCAGCCCAUGGGCUUCGCCCGCAACCGUGCACCCAAUGCGGACCAAGAGCCCAUCAUGGAUGUUGCUAGCUCCAGGAACAGCAGAACUCAGGCCUAUAAGGCGAGCAGGGGAUUGAUGCAGGCCUUCGCCGAGGAGACGUCCGAGGUACCUCAAGGGGAGAUAUCCGAGGAGACUCAAGGGGUGAUAAGCGACAGCCAGGGCUUCAACAUGGCCAGAGGCGAGAUCGUGAAUGCGGUCAAAGAGGCUGUUGCCGCACGGGCUGCCAAACUGGCGGCGGGCGGUGCUGUGAAGUCAGGCAAGAGUGCGCCUGUCCCUGCGCCUGCGCCUGCUGAGCAGCCAGGCUCGCAAUACACAGCGUGUUGUACAAUUCUUUCUAUCUCAAUCUCAGGCUCUCGAGAGUUGGUCAGCUGUUUUAAAGUGUCAGUCGACAACAUGCCUCUUAAACUGGAUAAUAAUGAUGCUUCGCGCGUCUUUGACGCGUCCGCCCGUCUGAAAGAACCACACGCCACUCCAAACCAACCACGACAAAACAUCAGGCCGAUAUCAAAACCACUACACAUCAAACCAAGACUUCCAACACAAACACAACAGAAGAAAACAAAGCAAUCAUCAAUUCUCCCACAAGACCGUCCGCAUCCUAGGCAAAGUGCGCCAGCUCCGUGGCGAGCAAGCGACAAUCGACGCCGGAGGGCAGGUCAGCGUUUUCCUGAACCGCAAAGUCACAUCAACAGAUGUGAUGGUCGCCUCGGGUUAUUACACUUUGUGCUAACUUCACGUCAUCCAUCAACAGGACUCACACCUCCAACUCAACCACGCGGUAGAAAUCAUCGGCAAAGUGCAAAACGACCUGAGCGUGCGGAUUUCAACGCCGUCGAAGCACUGGUUGACAAGUCAUCAUCAGUCAGGGCAGGAACUGGAAGUUCUGUCACGCUGAAAAUGGAACAUGAAGGCAUAAGGCACCAUCGGCAUUGGACCAAGUCCAUCCAUCCAUCUGUCGUUGUGAGGGAUGAGGGCUGUGAAUGUGAUAGCCGCAUGCUCAACGAAGAAAAGCAGACUCCAAGGAGUACAUGA